AUGCUCUUCAACGUCUUGUUCCUUGCCUCCACGGCAACCGCCACUUGCACUCAUGGACUCUCCAUGUUCAAGCGCGCAACCACCGAAGUCAACAGCUUCGGUUUUGGCCCAAUGAAUGGUCCUUUCAACUGGGCUGCACUUGCACCUGAGAACGAGGCCUGCAGAACUGGACGCAACCAGUCUCCCAUCAACAUUGAUGGCACCAUCAGGCCCGCCACAGCAAAGCCUGUGUUGAACAUCCCUGCUGGCCCGGUCGAGUUUGAGAACUUGGGCACGACCAUCGAGGUCAUCGUCAACGGAACCACCGACAUUGGUGGCACCGCCUUCCGGCUCGUCCAGUUCCACAUGCACACUCCCUCUGAGCACCACAUCAACAGCGAAUACUACCCCUUGGAAAUCCACAUGGUCCACCAGGGUGUCGCCGACAACACUCAGCUCGCCGUCGUUGCCCUCAUGUUCGAGGUUUCUGCCCGUAGAUCCAGCUCCAUCAUCCGCUCUCUCUCUGCCGCCGUGCCCAAGAUCGCAACUCCGGGUACCACGACUCCUAUCGCGAAAGGUAUCGACUUCAGCGAUGUCAUCUCCACCAUCCGGGCCUCCAACGUUCUCUCCUACUCUGGAUCGCUCACCACCCCUCCCUGCGCCGAGGGCGUCACCUUCUUGAUCGUUGAGAAGCCCCUUGACAUCAGCGUUGCCGACUUCAACAGCAUCAAGCGUGUCGUCAAGUUCAACUCUCGCUUCGUCCAGAACACUCUCGGCCAGGACAACAUCCUUGAGGUUGGUGCCAGAUCCGGAUCUGCCGCUCCCCGCGCCAACAGAUCCCUUCCCCCCAGCUCUCCGUCCGUCGACACCGGCGCCCGCCGCAACGUCCAGAAGAGGACCCCCAAGUACUAG